CUCGCAGCCAUAUUGGUCAAUUUUCGGGGUGUGCCGACAAAUUUGGAAUAAGUUUUUGGUUUCCGAGUGGGUAGAUGUUCUUCAAUAAUAACCUGAUGAUUUCAUGACAAAAGCAUAAAGAUAUAAGAUUGACAUCCAAAGACUGAUACGUUAAGAAUUCAAAAUGGCGACGCUGUCGCUGAAAGUGGGUGUGGUCGGUACCAAUGGCACCAAAACGAUGCAAUUUGAGCCAACGUGCAUUGUCUACGAUGCUUGCCGAAUCAUCAGGGAAAAGAUACCAGAGGCAUCGACUGGAAAUCCGCCCCGCACCCCACCGGUCACUUUGGCCGUGUCAUCUGAAGCGAGCGACUUUGGUUUAUUCUUGGCAGACGAAGACUCGAAGAAGGGCGUAUGGCUGGAGAGCGGACGAACCCUGGAGUAUUACCUACUCAGGAAUGGGGACCUGCUGGAAUACAAAUCCAAAUUCCGUCGUCUUCGCGUGCGGAUGUUGGACGGUUCCGUCAAGACCCUCCAGGUGGAUGACAGUCACACCAUCGCCCAGUUGAUGGUCACAGCAUGUUCGAAAAUCGGUAUCUCGAACCAUGAAGAGUUCUCACUGGUCAAGGAGUUGACGGACGAGGAGAAGGAGAAGACGAUGACGUUAAAGCGUGAACGGACGCUCGCGAGGGAUCAGAAAAAACUCGAAGAGAUGAAGAAGAAGUUACACACGGAUGACGAGCUGAACUGGCUGGACCACGCAAAGACCCUCCGUGAACAAGGCAUUGACGAAAACGAAACUCUUCUCCUUCGCCGCAAAUUCUUCUUCUCCGAUCAAAACGUCGAUGCUCGUGACCCUGUGCAGUUGAAUCUUCUGUACGUGCAGUCGCGUGACGCCAUUUUGAACGGGACGCACCCUGUCACGAUGGAGGAGGCGGUACUGUUCGGAGGAAUUCAGUGCCAGGUGCAGUUCGGAGAUCACGUUGAGCACAAGCAUAAGACUGGAUUCUUAGAUCUCAAAGAGUUCUUGCCGAAAGAGUACAUCAAAGUCAAAGGAAUUGAAAAGAAAAUCUUCCUGGAACAUCGUAAGCUGAUAGGCCUGACUGAAAUCGCCGCCAAACAUCGCUACACAAGUCACUGUCGCUCACUCAAAACAUACGGCAUUACAUUCUUCUUAGUCAAGGAAAAGAUGAAGGGAAAGAACAAACUCGUCCCCAGGCUUCUCGGCAUCACCAAAGAAAGUGUUGUCCGUGUUGACGAAAAAACCAAGCAGAUUCUCAAAACAUGGCCGCUGACAACCGUACGGAGAUGGGCGGCCUCACCGAACAGUUUCACGCUCGACUUCGGUGAUUAUGCGGAGAAUUAUUAUUCCGUGCAGACGACAGAGGGUGAACAGAUAUCACAGUUGAUUGCGGGUUAUAUUGAUAUCAUUUUGAAAAAGAAAAAAGCCAAGGAUCAUUUUGGCAUUGAGGGAGAUGAGGAAUCGACCAUGUUAGAAGACAGUGUUUCACCUGCCAAGGCUACGAUCAUUCAGCACCAGUCAUCGAACGCCGGACAGGCGCAGACUGGUUCCGUGGCCAUGCCGGCCAUCCUCAGGGCAGGGGACCAGGGUAACGCACAGUUCUCGACUGGUUCCAUGCAGCAGGCGCAGUUUACCCAGGUUUCGAAUCAGGCGCACAGCGCCCAUUUUCCGCCGUCGGGCAAGAGCCCUCAAGUCCACGGCUUAGGACAAGCACAGCGUGCAUUGGUGGGAACAAUCACCAUCGGAUUAGACGAUAUUGACAACGCUCGCAAUGACCUCAACACCAAGGCUGAUCUGCCGCCACUUGGAAAUGACGCAGCCGCCAAGAAAUGGAAGGAGAACACCUUGGACGUUUCCCGCCAGAAUAUCAACUCGCAACUGUCUGCGAUGAAUGCUGGUACGGCCCAACUUGUCACACUCACUGCUGGCGGGCCUGAUGAUACGGACUUCACAGCUGUAGGAUCAGCUGUUCAAAACAUCACAACCAACAUCACCGAGAUGUCUAGAGAUAUUCGAAUGCUCGCUGCGUUGCAAGACUCAGACGACGAUGGGGACAGGCUGCUCGGAGCUGCCAAAAAAUUGGUGGACGCUUUCGCGACAAUGCUGAAGGCUGCACAGCCGGACAGUAAGGAAUCCAGACAGAAUCUUCUGUCGUCUGCCAGCAAGGUUGGAGAACUGGCUGGAGAUUUGAUGCGUGAAGCUAUGAUUUACGAAACUACGGAAGACAUGGACAAGGCCUUCCAGGACACGCUACUCGGCCUCGCGAAGGCGGUGGCCAAUGCGACGGCUGCGCUCGUCCUCAAGGCUAAGGGCGUGGCGGGCAAGGUUGAAGAUCAGGCCCAACAGAACAAGGUCAUAAGCAGCGCAACGCAGUGUGCAUUGGCGACAUCACAGCUAGUUGCUUGCACUAAGGUUGUUGCACCCACAGUGAGCAGUCCAGCCUGUGCAGAACAACUCGUCGAAGCUGCCAAAUUGGUUGCGAAGUCCGUUGAGGGCGUCGUUCAGACGGCCCAGGGCGCAUGCUCCGACGAUAAGGUGUUGUCAGAACUUGGUGGUGCGGCCACGGCAGUUACUCGGGCGCUGAAUGACUUGUUGCAACACGUCAAACAAGGGGCCACUAAGGGUAUCCAGGCUGAUGCGACCGUCGACACCAUUUUGACGGCCACAGAUCGUCUGUUCAGCAGUAUGGGUGACGCCCCAGAGAUGGUGAAACAAGCGCGUGUUUUGGCCCAGGAAGAGUUCACUCUCAAAGAGGCGACAUCGCAGUUGGUAAACGCCAUCAAAGGACAGGCAGAGACUCAUCCAGACCAGGAGAUGCAAAAACGCCUCCUAGCGGCUGCUAAGCAACUCGCCGAUGCCACUACGAAACUGGUAGAAGCAGCAAAGGGCUGUGCAAGCAACCCUAACGAUCCCGCCAUGCAACAAGUCCUGAAAGAAGCUGCCGAGGAUGUGCGUUCAGUUACCAACACUGCCGCGGCCAACGCACUCAAAAAGAGGCUGAUCGCCAACUUGGAGAAUGCCGCCAAACUGACGGCGUCUGCUUCGACCCAACUCAUCAGUUCAGCCUCUGGAGCUUCGAAGACGAACAGGAAUGCUUCAUCACAGCAGCAGCUAGUCACCUCAUGCAAGACCGUCAGCGAGUUGAUCCCCGCCCUUGUCCACAGCAUCAAGGCGACCUCAAACAGUCCCGAGGAUGCCGCUGUCCAACUUGCUCUCAUCAACGCUUGCCAAGACAUCCUGCAGCCGAGCAACAAACUCAUCGCAUCGGCGAAAGCAGCUGCCCCGACCGUCGGCGACCAAGCAACGGCGCUCAGCUUGACCAACUCCACCAAGAAUCUUUCAGCAGCCCUGGCAGAGCUUCGUACCGCGUGCAGCAAGGCCCAAGAGGCGUGCGGAUCUUUGGAAUUGGACGGCGCUCUCGGACAAAUAGAAGAGCUGGAGAAAGAGUUGGAUGAGAUUCUCGCUAGCGCUGAUUCGAAGAACCUUCUUCCGUUGCCUGGUGAGACUGCAGAGUCGUGCGCCCUGCAGGUUGGAGCCACGUCCAAGACGGUUGGAUCAUCGAUGGCCCAGUUGCUGACUGCUGCUACGCAGGGCAACGAAAACUACACCGGUAUCGCAGCACGCGACACGGCCAACAAUCUCCGCGUACUGACGAACGCUGUCCGUGGUGUCGCAGCAUGUUCCGGUAACCCAGACGUGCAGCACGCCAUCGUGGAGAGCACGCAGGAGAUCAUGAUAAAAUCGGCCCUCCUGAUCGAGGAGGCGAAAAACGCCGUCGCGGAUCCCAGCAACCCUGAUAAUAACCAACGUCUGGCACAGGUUGCCAAGGCUGUGUCUAACGCCCUCAACAACUGCGUGAACUGCUUGCCCGGACAGCGCGAUGUCGACAAUGCCAUCAAGCAGAUCUCGACGUACAGUCAAGAGAUCAACAACAUCAGUCUGAGUGGAAAUUACCCACCUACGAACAAGACCUUUCAAGAGGUCCAACUCCAGUUGAACAACUCGGCUGUCAACCUGAACCAAGGUGCUUGCGAGAUCGUCACGCAUUCACGAGGCACGCCACAGCAACUGGCAUCGUCCUCAAACCGUUUCAGCAAAUCGUAUGGCGAGUUCGUCCACAGUGGCUUGACGAUGGCGGGAAUUACGAAAGACACGGAAGUGAAGUCGUCGAUCGUGACGAAUUUGAAAAGUACCUCGAUGGUGUCUUCGAAACUCCUACUUGCCGCGAAGUCAUUGCACGCUGACCCGAAUGCACCGAAUGCAAAGAACUUGUUGGCCCAGGCUGCAAGGGCAGUGACAGAAAGCAUCAAUCACCUCAUCAACAUCUGCACGACGUCUGCUCCAGGACAAAAAGAUUGUGACAAUGCGCUCCGCCAGAUCCAAAUGAUGAAGAACCUUCUUGACAACCCCAACGAGGCUGUCAGCGACGGUUCCUACUUCGACUGCCUGGACGGCGUUAUUGCCCGCUCCAAGGCGCUCGGCGACGCCAUGACAGGAAUCGCCGAUCACGCCAAGAAAGGCGCCUUGGAUGAAUUCUGCGUGUCUGUUAAGAACUUUGCGGCCGCCGUUUGUGGUUUGACGGAGAAUGCGUCACAGGCUGCCUAUCUAGUCGCCAUUGCUGACCCCGCCUCGGAGCCCGGGCGUCCAGGUUUAGUCGACCAAUCUCAGUUCGCCCGCGCCAACCAAGCUAUCCAGAUGGCGUGCCAGAGCCUGACGAAUCCCGCCAGUUCACAACAAGAGGUGUUGUCUGCCGCUACUGUCGUUGCCAAGCACACGUCUGCGCUGUGUAACACGUGUCGUACAGCCUCGUCCAAGACGUCGAACCCGGUCGCCAAGAGACACUUUGUGCAGUCGGCAAAAGAUGUCGCUAACAGUACUGCUAAUCUAGUCAGAGCUAUCAAGGACUUGGACAGUAACUUCAGCGAUGAGAACCGCCAGAAAUGUGCCGCUGCUUCCCGGCCACUCAUACAGGCCGUCGACGAACUCACGACGUUUGCGUCAUCGCCAGAAUUUGCCAGCAUACCUGCCAAAAUUAGCCACGAGGCCCGGAAAGCCCAGGAACCUAUAACCAACUCGGGUCGUGCGAUGUUAGAUGGUGCUUGCAACAUGGUGCAGGCCGCGAAACAACUUGCCAUCAAUCCCAAGGAUCCGCCGACCUACCUACUGUAUUCAAAUCACUCCAAGAGCGUCUCAGACGCAAUCAAGAAAUUGGUGUCUUCGAUAAAGGAUGCUGCACCAGGGCAGAAAGAAUGCGAAGAAGCCAUUGAAAAGAUCAACAGUACGAUCAAAGAACUUGAUCAGUCAUCGUUGGCUGCCAUUAGUCAGAACCUCACCCCCAGGAACGAUAAUACUUUACAGGGCUUCCAAGAACAAAUGAUUGGCAGUGCACGUGAAAUCAUGGAGAAUAUUGACUCCAUCCAAAGUGCUGCAAAAUCAGAAGCGGAAAAUCUCGGCCAUUGCGUUACCACAUUUAGCAGUUACUUCGAGCCGCUGAGCCGCGGCGCGAUCGGGACGGCGUCGAAAACGAUGAACUCGAAACGCCAGAUGGAGAUCUUGGAUCAGACGAAAACGGUGUCAGAGUCCGCAAUGCAGUUUAUGUACGCUGCUAAAGAGGGCGCAGGGAACCCUAAGACAUUCCAGGCCGUACAUACCCACAAUGCAAUAGACGAGGGCGCCGAGGGAAUGAAGGAUGUCUUGAAGGACUUGCUCGAGACUUUGGAAGAGGUCGUGUCACAGGCUGGUAACGUCACGAGUAUGAUCACUGGAAUUACGAAGAAUAUCUCUAAGGUUGAUGAACCAAUGGCACCAAAUGAGAACAUCUCGUUCGUGGAUUACCAGACCAACAUGGUCCGCUUGGCCAAGCAGAUCGCCCACAGUUCACAGGAUAUGGUGGUUCGUGCCGGUAUGAAUAUGCCGGCCGGGCUGAGUAAAUCGCCCCAAAGUGCAGGCGAUCUUGGAACACUUGCAAAUAACGUCACACGCGACUACUCCAAUUUGGUCCACGACUCCCGAGGGGCGGUCGGGGCAACGGCGAAUCCAGAAGUCGGGAACCGAAUCAAGCUGUCAGUCCAAGAAUUAGGCAACGCCUCCAUCGACCUUGUCAGGGAUGCUGGAAACCUCCAAGCCAACCCAACGGAUAGUUUUGCAAAGAAGGACUUGACGGACCAUGCUAGGACUGUCGCGGAAAAGGUUUCCUAUGUUUUGGCGGCACUGCAAGCAGGAUCACGAGGGACCCAGGCCUGUAUCAACGCUGCCAGCACAGUGAGUGGAAUCAUCGGUGAUCUGGACACGACCAUCAUGUUUGCUACGGCCGGAACCCUUAACGCAGAAACGGAUGAGAAUGUCUUCUCUGAUCACAGGGAGAGCAUCUUGAAGACUGCCAAGGCCCUCGUGGAGGACACCAAGACCCUCGUCGCAGGUGCCGCCUCUAACCAGGAACAACUGGCCAUUGCUGCGCAGAGCGCUGUCAAGACAAUAACUAAUCUGUCGGAGGUUGUGAAGAGAGGUGCUGCUGCCCUGGGCUCGGAUCAGCCAGACGCACAGGUCCUACUCAUCAACGCCGUGAAGGACGUUGCCUCGGCCCUCGGUGACCUAAUUAGUGCCACCAAGAAUGCCUCGGGAAAAACUGUGCACGAUCCUGCUAUGACGAAUCUUAAAGACUCUGCUAAGGUAAAUGAUGUGGUCAAGGUCAUGGUCACGAACGUCACCUCGCUACUUAAAACUGUUAAGACUGUAGAGGAUGAGGCUGCACGUGGGACCAGGGCCCUCGAGUCCACCAUCGAAGCCAUCAGUCAAGAGCUGCGCGCCUACGAGGCGACCGAUCGCACAGAGGUCAAGGCGACGGCCGAGGAUCUCAUCCGGGCAACGAAGCCUGUCACCAUGGCAACGGGGAAAACGGUCGCCGCUGGAAAUUCUGGGAGGCAAGAGGAUGUUAUUGCUGCGUCAAAUAUCGGGCGGAAGGCUAUGUUUGAUUUACUUCAUGUCUGCAAGGCAACUGCUAUGACUGCAGAGACGAAGGAAAUUCGAAUAAAGACGAUCAACUCGGGCCGUGAUUGCUGCGUGGCGUAUCGAGAACUUAUGGAGAUGCUUAAUAUUACUAUACAGAAACCAUCGCAAGAAAACAGACAAAAGAUGGCCGUGAUUUCAAAACGCGUCGCAACCUCGGUCACAGAGAUCGUUCAAAGUGCGGAGAUGAUCAAAGAGACCGAAGAUGACGAGUCGAAACAACAUCUUCCGUCGCCGUUAAAUAUUUGCGGCGUUCAGGCGAAUAUGUUGCGAUCGGAAAGAUUUGGGUCGAGAUCGCCAAUUUCGCCGAAAGACUGCAAUGGCCCGUGUUACUCGGAAUGGAUGUUCAAACGUUACGCCAAUCAGGAUCAGGCCGCCAAGGCAGGCGGCCAUUUUACGACCACGUACCACCACACAGUUAAAAGUUCUGAUUGGGUGGAUCCCGACGACCCGAUGGUGACUGCCGAAAAUGAACUCCUGGGCGCGGCCAACUCGAUCGAAGCUGCGGCGAAGAAACUAGCCAUGUUGAAACCACGACAAAAAGCAAGGGAAGCAGACGACACUUUAGAAUUCGAAGACCAGAUCCUCGACGCUGCUAAAUCGAUCGCCGCUGCCACUGCAGCUCUCGUGAAAUGUGCAUCCAGCGCCCAGCGCGAGUUAGUCCUCCAGGGAAAGAUUAAACCAUCGUACCACAGGGAUAGGAUCGACGAUGACGGACAGUGGUCACAGGGUCUCAUUUCUGCGGCCCGUAUCGUAGCGGCAGCGACCCACAGCCUGUGCGAGGCCGCCAACGCCAUGAUGCAAGGACACGCCAGCGAAGAGAAGCUCAUCUCAUCGGCGAAGCAGGUGGCUAGUUCCACGGCGCAACUCCUGGUGGCGUGCAAGGUCAAGGCGGAUUCCGACUCCGUAGCAAUGAAGAGAUUACAGUCUGCGGGAAAUGCUGUCAAAAGGGCGACAGAUGCUCUCGUUAAUGCAGCACAGCAGGCAAAGGAUAAUAUGGAUGAGGCGAACAUCUUGACUGUCAACAAACGCAUGGUCGGAGGAAUGGCACAGAUCAUCAGUGCCCAGGAAGAAAUCCUCCGGAAAGAGAAGGAAUUAGAAAUGGCACGGAAGAAGCUCGUUACGAUUCGACAAGGAAGGUACAAUAAGCAAUCGAGCACUGACGAAAACGGUGGUUCUUCUGCGUUUUGAGAAAAAGACGAUUUGUAGUUAGAGUCAUGGUGCGAAAAACUAACUUUUUCAAUGAAGACGAAUUCUUGGAUUGAUGAAAUGACAUUUGGUAGUGAAAGAUUUCUUUGCUUUUUUGCGGACAGAAUAAAAUUUCUGGUGGUUUCAAGAAAUUCGGUCCGUCGAGGGCUGAUCAUAAAAUUUACAGAAAUUUCUAAAAGAUCUCAUUCAGAAAUUCAAAAAUAUUUUCUAAACUUUAGCAAUUUUUAUCCAGAAUUGAUAUUUUGUGGACAUUUUUUCGGUGUUAGUUAGACAAGAUCUAUGUGUUAAAAGGUGAUAGUAAUUUGUUGUAAAUCUUCUGACUAGCUCUCGAUGGGUUUGUAAAGUGUCACCCUGAAAUUUUCAAAUGAACUGAUCUGUUUAAGAUAGAUACAUAGGACUGGAUUCUACCAAUAUGAUUGUUACUCAUGAAAAGGGGUGAUAGGUAGUAGAUGAAGUAAACUUGCAGCAACUAUCAGUAUUCCUUGUCGUCUUAUGUAGCUCCCCCUUUGAAUCAUAAUAGAAUUACCUCCAUUAUAUUUCUAAUCAAAUGGCGGUUUUUAUAUACAUAUAUACGAAGAUUUGUAAUGAAACCUUCCCCUUCACACCACUGUUGUAAAAUCAAGUAAUCGUAAUAUAUUUGGUGCUUUUAUGUCAUAUUACUUUCUUUCAAACACGUUGCAAAGAAAAAAAAGCCGGAGAAAUAAAAUGUCAAUUGAAAAAAAUGUCAUAAAGAAAGGCAUGGACACUGAAAAAUACUGAAGGAUAAAAUCUUUUUAAGAAGUUUUUGGGCGUAAUAUUGAUACAAACAUUUGGUCUUUCACUUAAAAUGAUGUUAUUCCUCUCUGGUGAAUUUGAUCAUCCACUGUUUCAGUGUGCACAGCGGGAUCUUAAUCUAGGUGGACAAAGGAAUUGAAAAAUAAUAUUCAGUAAUCUGACUAAUUGAUAGAGUAAGUGUCUGCAUCCUGACACCCCCUCAUGAUUUAUUUGCAUCAAGAAUUAUCUAAGAUUUGUCUUUGAUUCUUGGUCACAGAUAUACACCACUCUGAAAUGAGUGCUUAAUCCAUGGCCCCACCCUGCACUAGUCAAAUCAUUGUAUAAAAUUCAAAAUUCAUGUCACAAUUUACAUGUAAGUCGCAUGGGACGCUUCUAUGCCUGUAUAUGUAUAUAGAUCCACAUGUAGUGUGCUUAUUUGCAUUAAUUAGAUGAAUCACCUUAAUUAGCCUUAUGUGAAUAUGUCAUCUCCAAUAGACUUGGUGAUUAUGACAAAAGUAUAAGUGAAAAUGAUUUUGAAAAGUGCACAAGUUUGUUUGAUUGUGUCUGUUAAAUUGUCUCUGGUGCUUCCAAAACUGCUCCAUAGAGGGCACUGCUGUACUAUAUACUGCUUUCCAUUCAUCCUUUAUAUUACCUAACACCCCCCAGUUGUAGAAUGAACAGAGAAUUUGAUAGAAAGGCCACCGAAAAAAUAGCCCAACAUCCCCCAUUUCCAAAAUGAACUCGUCUGAUUUGAUUUAUCUUUGCAGGACAGUUCAUUUUCUUUCAAUGGGGGAUAGGUAAUAAGGCUGCUGAUAUUUC